CAUGCGCUGCGGACGCCAGACUAACGGAACGCGACCUUUUCGUACAACAGUACGUAUACGUAAUGCCAUCCGCUCAGCGCGCUAUUUCGGAAUUAUAGCCAGCAUAUGCCACGCCAAGAAAGAGAGAAAGAUUCAAGACGCAGAUUUGGCACAAUGGAAUAUGAGGGGCGCAAUCAGCGACAGCGGAAUGAAUAAAUUACGCGAAAAUAAAAUCAAUUUGCAUUAAGAGCUGAAGACCAAGAACGCAGCAGUGGUAGUUGUAGCCGUCAGACGCCGCGGAUCCCUCAGCACCACCAACCAUCCCUCAGCCGCCGACAACUGACAGCCAUUUGAAGGACGAACAAGGCGCUGGCCCAUGCCCAUGAGCUUGGGUGCCGGAGCAAAUUAUAUUACCUUGUCAGGCGAGUGACAUAAGGCGGACCUCUUGGCCCGGCCCGGCCCACACCAGCACCCAAGUCCAAGCCCCACACACCCUCUAGCCCACAUACACCCGCACACUCAUGUGUGGAUCCCAGUGAGGAAAGCACUCAGGGCCGGAGGAGAGCUCGAGGCGGACGAGACGGAGGACUGAGAGGCACUGUUGGGGUCACGUCUUGGAUUACAGCUAGUCCGCCGGAAUGCUACGCAGCUGCGUAUGCCUGCGCACCGACGAUGGCGGGAAGCGGCGCAGCUCCUCCGUGGAAGACGCCUCCUCAUGCCGCUCGUCGGAAAUAGAGCGCGUGGGCGCCAGCAUGCAGACGCUGGGCCCCAAUGGACAGCCGCAGGCCACUGCCGCGCAGACGAGCACCAGGGCGUCCAGUCUGCUGCAGCUCUUCCAGCGGCGAGGUUGGUGCAAGCACUUCCGCAAGCCGCUCCGUGGCAUGAGCGCUUCCCGGGCUGAAAAGACCAUCCGAGCGGCUAUAUUCAUCCAGAAAUGGUAUCGCAGGCAUCAGGCCCGUCGCGAAAUGCAGAGGCGUUGCAACUGGCAGAUCUUCCAGAACCUGGAGUACGCCAGCGAACAGGACCAGGCUGAGCUAUAUAAAUUCUUCAAUGACCUCAUUAAGCACAUGCCCCAGGCGGCGGGCAGAAAGAAUCAGUACCAAGGAUCGGCCCAUGUUUCUGUGUUGGAGGAAAAGGAUGACCUUGUGGAGGAGUUUGGGGACAUUGUGAAUGCCAAAAUUGAGCUGCCAAUACGAAAGAACCAUAUCGAUCUCUUGAUUGAUGUCUUCCGCAAGAAAAGGGGAAACCGAUUGCAUCCCAAAUAUGUGGCAUUAAUCCUACGUGAAGCUGCCAAAUCCCUUAAGCAGCUGCCCAAUAUUUCACCAGUGUCCACGGCUGUAUCCCAACAGGUCACAGUGUGUGGCGAUCUUCACGGCAAGUUGGAUGAUCUUCUUGUGGUGCUACAUAAGAACGGUCUUCCAUCAUCUUCCAAUCCCUACGUGUUCAAUGGCGACUUUGUGGACAGGGGCAAGCGUGGCCUGGAGGUCCUGCUCCUUCUGCUCUCACUCUAUUUGGCCUUUCCCCAGGCUGUAUUCCUUAAUCGAGGCAACCAUGAGGAUAGUGUUAUGAAUGCCCGCUAUGGUUUUAUACGCGAGGUGGAGAGCAAAUAUCCUCGAAAUCACAAGCGCAUACUGGCUUUCAUCGACGAAGUCUACCGAUGGCUUCCUCUGGGCUCUGUUCUCAAUAGUCGAGUGCUCAUUGUGCAUGGAGGUUUCUCGGAUAGCACCAGCCUGGAUCUUAUCAAGAGCAUUGAUAGGGGCAAGUAUGUAUCCAUUUUGCGGCCACCACUCACGGAUGGCGAGCCCCUGGACAAGACCGAGUGGCAGCAGAUCUUCGACAUUAUGUGGAGUGAUCCACAGGCCACUAUGGGAUGUGUUCCCAAUACUCUGCGCGGUGCUGGUGUCUGGUUUGGCCCGGAUGUCACCGAUAACUUCCUUCAGCGCCACCGGCUCAGCUAUGUCAUUCGAUCCCACGAAUGCAAACCCAAUGGUCACGAGUUCAUGCAUGACAACAAGAUAAUUACGAUUUUCUCGGCUUCCAACUACUAUGCCAUUGGUUCUAAUAAGGGCGCCUAUAUCCGACUGAACAAUCAGCUAAUGCCCCACUUUGUUCAGUAUAUAUCGGCGGCUUCGCAGACAAAGAGAUUGUCGUUCAAGCAACGCAUGGGCAUUGUGGAGAGUUCCGCCCUCAAGGAGCUGGCGGUGCGGAUGCGUGAUCAUCGGGAUGAGCUGGAGGAUGAGUUCAGGAAGUGCGACACCAAGGAUAGUGGCUACAUAUCCAUCUCGAAUUGGUGUCUGGUAAUGGAGAAGGUCACCAAAUUGGGGCUGCCCUGGAGACUCCUGCGCGAUAAGCUGGCCCCGGGUACGGACAGCCAAAAGGUUAACUAUUACAGGACUCUGGAUCUGCUGGACACGGAUGUGAUUUUGGAAGCUGAGGCUGAUGGCACUUCGGUAAUGGAUGCUUUGUAUGCUAACAAAGCCAGCUUAGUGGCCAUUUUUAACAUCAUUGAUGCGGAUAAUUCUGGGGAGAUAACUCUGGAUGAGUUUGAAACUGCCAUUGAUUUGUUGGUGGCCCAUAUGCCGGGUGCCUAUUCCAAGGCGGAAAUGCUGGAGAAGUGCCGAAUGAUGGACCUGAAUGGUGAUGGCAAAGUGGAUCUCAAUGAGUUCCUCGAGGCUUUCAGGCUAAGCGAUCUCCACCGGAAGCAGCAGCAGGACGAGAACAUAAGGCGACGAUCAACGGGCAGACCCGUUGUGGCCAAGACAGCGUCGGAUCCUGUGACCCUGCUGGCGGAUAAGAUCUCAAAGAACACAUUAGUUGUGGAGCACGACAUAGAUCCCACGGACUGCGAGGCGAAAGUAAUAGAUCCCAAGAAGUCGGCAUAAAUUGUGAGAGUCUCUAAAAUAGUUCAAGAGAAACUACAUGGAAUAACUUUUCUUCUUUGGCAAUAUUUGUGAAAUGUAUUCAAGGCUUCUCAAUUGGUUCACAUGGCGCAUUUAUAGCACAUUCUUUAUGUUUUUUUAAAGGCCAUUAAUUACGAAUGUUAACAUUAAAGUACAUUAAUUCUUCCUAGCCAAUAUUACCAAAGAUUUAGACAUUAUUGAAGGCAAGAAAUUAUAUCAAGAUCUCUGCGAAAGCAAAAGUACAGACUUUCUAUCAAGUCUACUGGUCAUUCCCUUAAGCUUUUGAUUUAAAUUAUAUAUAAUAAUAAUAUUCAUAAGAAUAACCCAUUUAUGCACUCCUCUCACUAGCUUUAUUCACGUCUAACAAAAGUGUCUGUGUAUAAUUAAAAUGUUAAACAGAAACAUAAAAAUAUUGUUAAUUAUAGAGGACGCUUUAUAUUAACAGCUAAGCAUAUGAAUAUAUACAUAUUAAUUGUUUAACCAACUAACAAUUUAAAAUGCC